CAGAGUCCCAAGCGGAAGGGUCAUCCUUCCCUCGCGGCCGCUCCAGGAGCCCAGCUGGUUGGGGGGAACCGCAGCGUGGCGGGCCCGGGUCUCGGGUCCUCCUCUGAGCUCUCCCACGCCCCAUCCUCGGUCAGGGAGAGGAAGCCUGAGACGGCGAGACUGGCUGGGGCGGAGGAAGGCGGGCGCGCGCGGGCGCCGGGGACCAGACGAUGUCCACCGGCUCGCUGAGUGACCCCGAGGACAUGGAGCUGCGGGGGCUGCAGCGCCUCUACCCGGACCCGGCCACCCAGAGGCCGUCCCUGCGCGGCACCGAGCGAGGCUACGCCUCGCCCAGCGACAACUCCUCCGCCGAGGAGGAGGACCCCGACGGCGAAGAGGAGCCCGGCUCCCUGGGUGCCGCGGGCGCCGCGGGGGGCUGCAAGAGGAAGCGACCCCGGGUGGCCGGCCCCGGCGGCGGAGGUGGUGGCGCCAAGAAGCCGCUCCCGCCCAAGGGCUCCGCCGCCGCCGAGGGCAAACAGUCGCAGCGGAACGCGGCCAACGCCCGCGAGCGCGCCCGGAUGCGCGUCCUGAGCAAAGCCUUCUCCAGGCUCAAGACCAGCCUGCCCUGGGUACCGCCCGACACCAAGCUCUCCAAACUCGACACGCUGCGCCUGGCUUCCAGUUACAUCGCGCACCUGCGCCAGCUGCUGCAGGAGGACCGCUACGAGAACGGCUACGUGCACCCGGUGAACCUGACCUGGCCAUUCGUGGUCUCUGGGCGACCGGACUCUGAUACCAAAGAAGUUGCUGCAGCCAACAGACUUUGUGGAACUUCCGCUUAGACCGACAGCGACCCAGCUGACGAAUUUUGUUAAAGGCGAAGGACUGGGCCAAGGAGGUUUCCCUGGACCUAUGAACAGGGAGAGCUGACAGGCGAGCAAGGCUGCCUUCCUUGGGCACAGGUGGCCACGGCUGCCGCGGAUCAGUGCCACACUCCAUUGCCAAAGACAGCCCGGUUUGGAGGAAGAACUUGCAAAUUCGGUGGGGCUUUAGCCCUGAGCACAGCCCCAUCCCGCCCCCACCCCCACCCCGUGCCUGCCAUCUGAGUCCAGUGCAGAAAUAGGGGAUGGUUUUGAAGUUAAUUUCGAUUUUCCCUGUGGCUGACUGGAAGGACCUGCGCGGCCAGGUCCUUCUCUGUGACCAUGGUUGAGCACUCUUUCCCAGCACUGGAAAGAAGGCCUUGGGUUAGAGUCAUGCAGGGGCCUGUCCUUAUGUUGCUAAGGACUCCCACGAGCAGCUCUCUUAGUGGCAGGACACGGUGAGAUGGGGACAUAUGUGGUCAGAAGCCAGCCUGGCCCUCAAUCCCUGCAGACUGGGGUCUCCUUCCAGAGCCCCCUCCUCUGUUUAAUCCGUGUUGGGGCCAUGGCCCACCCUCUGGUCUCCAUCCAGUGAGUCCAGCUAGUUUAUUGGGUCUCAGCCUCCUUCCCACUCACGCUGUCUCCCUAAGUCCUAUCUGACUGCCCAUUUGGGGACUCCAGCUUUACCCUUAGCUCUAAUUGGGUCACCUUACCAAAGCAUAUCCUCCUGCGGAGUUCAUGGCCUUCCAGGCACUCACUGUUCUUCCUGGUCCAAGGACUGCACAUAGUGGGCAGCUGGGGCUGGUCUCUGUACCCACUGAGUCGCUGGUUUCUCCCCAGCGCGGUGCUUAGUGGUCCUGGCAACGCUGCAGUAAAGCGGCACCACCAUGGUAACUAACGUAUGUAAAUAAAUUUAUUUUUUU